AUGCGCAUCUCGCGUCGAAAAAAUGGCGUCUGGCGAUCAGGCUGUUUCUUUGAGAAGACUGAAAAAGGAGUACCAAAAAUUGAGUAAGAGCCCGCCUGCCGGCGUGGCCGUCAGUUUGCCGUCUGAUACUGAUAUGUACGUCUGGGAAGCCCUUUUGAACGGACCUGAUGAUUCCGUCUACAAGGGUGGAGUUUUCAAAGCAAGAGUAUGUGUUCCUGUGAAUUAUCCAGUCAAGCCACCUGAGGUACACUUUGUUGCUCCGUUUCCCUACCACCUGAAUGUGAGUCAGAGCUCGGGGCAAGUGUGUCUGGGUCUGCUGGGAGUCGACAAGUGGGAGCCAUCCUACAUGGGAAUGGAGCACAUCCUCCAGGCCCUGGUGGCUAUCCUCAUCCGCCCUGAGCCUUCCAGUGCUAUGGACCACGAGCUCCUCAACAACUACCACAACUUCUCCUAUAGGUACAGCGUUGAGGCUCAGAAGAGUGCAUCGAAUGCUGCCAAGACUUUCAAGAAGUAAUCUUUUGAACCUCUGCUGUUAGUGUGUCCAAUUUUCAUUGUAUCCAUAUACAUAAUUAUUUUACUACACGACAAUAGAUUGAUGAUCAUGAAGGUAUAAUAAAAUAAACAAAGAACGGACGUACAAGCACACACCGCAAAAAAAAACAAGGAGAAUCAACAACAUUUACUCUUCUGAGGUGUUUGUUGCUGCGGUUUCCAAGGGACGACACCUGUGAUUCUCCUCCCCGUGUGCUGGUAGGAAUCUCCAGCAAUGGAGGCCAGCUGUCCGGUAGUCUCUGGUUCUGCAGCCAGAUCGACGUAGUCCUCCGGGAGUCCGUCAACCUUCAGUGACGACAGCUCCAUUAUCUUGCACACCAGCAGGUUCAUUGCCUCCUCUGAUAGCAUUUGAUACGAGGUUUAUGAUGCAUGACUAAUGUUAUAGUGAUCGUUCUAGAAUAAUGAGGCCUAUACUCUUGAGUAGGUAGUGGGAGUCUAUAACAUGUCCUCAUGAAAUGGGAUGUCCUGCAGUCAAUUUAUGAGAGGCUUUGGAAUGUCAAGCUUUGAUGUUGCGUGUUCAUUUGGCUAAUCGCCACAAAAUAUCUUAAAGGGUGCAACAGUUC